GACGUCCUCAUCGCCUCAUUCUCAUCGCGGAAACCAUCAAUGUUUCGCUUUUAGCAAUGGCCGAUGUUUUUAACGACACAUGCUCAAAGCCAGGCCCAAGGCAAAAAUUCAUGUCGUAAAGCGGCUGCAACGGCAGCUUGACGGGGGCAACGGGGGGGAAAGAAACGCCGAGAGGCCUUCCUAAUGAAAGCAUUGCUGAGGCACCACACUUUAUUUCAAGAAAUGUGGCACUCUUAUGUAAAACCCUGUCUAACAUACGAGGUUGGAGCAGUAGAGUAUGAUGACUUCAAACCUUCCGAAGCCCCUGUCUACAUCCUGGGAACGAAGUACAGCACAUUGCAUGAGCUGGAUGAUCUCAGGUCCGAUGUGACCUCAAAGAUAUGGCUGACCUACCGGAAGAAUUUUCCGGCCAUUGGUGGCACGGGACCCACGAGCGACUCGGGAUGGGGCUGCAUGCUGCGCUGCGGCCAGAUGGUACUUGCACAGGCGCUGAUGAGGAGACACCUUGGAAGAGAAUGGCGGUGGGAGCCAGGGACGAAGAACAAGGACUACCUCUACAUCCUGCGCAUGUUCCAGGACAAGAAGAACUGCACCUUCUCCAUCCACCAAAUAGCACAGAUGGGAGUCUCGGAAGGCAAGACGGUGGGAGAGUGGUUCGGACCCAACACGGUGGCCCACGUCCUUAGGAAAUUGGCCAUAUUUGACAAGUGGAGCUCUCUCGCCAUUCAUGUUGCGAUGGACAACACCGUGAUAAUCAAUGAAAUCAAAAGGGCCUGCAAGACGGACAAUUCGGGACCUCCGCAAGGGGCGGCGGCAGACGGCCUCGUCCGCAACCGCACCAACUCCGAGCCUUCUCGGCCGGCCAACUCGGAAGGAAGCUGGAAGCCCCUGCUCCUCUUCAUCCCGCUCCGGCUGGGCCUCAGCGAGAUCAACCGGAUCUACGCUUUCGGCCUCAAGAGGACGUUUGCGCUGAAACAGUCCUUGGGCAUGAUAGGCGGAAAACCGAACCACGCACUCUACUUCAUUGGCGUCGUCGAGGACGAGCUGAUCUUCCUGGACCCUCACACGACGCAGCUGGCAUGCGACCUAGACGUCGACUCUCCGGAUGACCAGAGUUACCACUGUGCCCAUGCCAGCAGGAUGAACAUCAGCGAGCUGGACCCCUCAGUUGCCCUGUGUUUCUACAUGGCAACUGAAUCAGACUUCGACGUAUGGUGCAACUUGGUACAAAAGCACCUGAUUAGCCGAAUGCAGCAGCCGCUGUUCGAGAUAACGCAAGACCGUCCCGUCGGCUGGCCCCUCCCAGACUCUGAACUCGGCACAGAAGCGGAGCCACAAAGCGUAGAAUUCACGCUCUUGGACCAGGAGAGGAAAUACGACACCUCUGACGACGAGUUCGAGAUACUCUGAGCUCAACGAGGGGAUGCCACGAUGAAACCGAUGUCGUGACGGAACAGCUUGUAUCAAAGCUAGCUUAUAAUGUAAAUGAUUUGCGAGCAGCGUUUUUUUCUACGGAGGACAAGUUUUACAUUAAAUUUGUUUUACCUUGUA